CACACUUUCAAGUAAACUCUAUUAUCCAACAGCUCAAAACGAAAUAACAAACUACUUGUACAAAGGUCGGUUGUUUCCAUCCAACAUGAGUUACAGGAAACAUAUUUACUAGCUAUAAGUAGCCUAAGGACACCAAGGAUCCAAAGUGAUUUCCAAAUUCAUUGUAAUUCAAGCAAUAAUGAGACUGUUCCACAUGAGUAAUACCACCUGCCACAUUUUUGAAAUAAUUUGAACAAGUCUUCACCAUUCAUCUUUUGUUUGAGUAUUGAUGGAUUUUGUUACUGUCCCCCCCAUCCCCUGAGAACGCGCAGUAUCCUGCUGGUGCAAUCACACCUCUCCUUGUUAUUCUUACACAUGCUGAAACAAGUCGCUUGUACCAGGUUGAGUAUGCAAUGGAAGCAAUUGGACAUGCAGGCACUUGCUUGGGAAUUCUAGCCAAUGAUGGUGUUUUGCUAGCAGCAGAGAGACGCAACAUUCACAAGCUUCUUGAUGAAGUGUUUUUCUCAGAGAAAAUAUACAAACUUAAUGAGGAUAUGGCUUGCAGUGUUGCAGGAAUAACUUCAGAUGCCAAUGUUCUAACAAAUGAACUGAGACUGAUUGCGCAGAGGUAUUUGUUACAAUAUCAAGAGCCCAUUCCUUGUGAACAGCUGGUAACAGCACUGUGUGACAUCAAGCAGGCUUAUACACAGUUUGGAGGAAAACGUCCUUUUGGUGUUUCGUUGCUGUAUAUUGGCUGGGAUAAGCAUUAUGGCUUUCAGCUGUAUCAAAGUGAUCCUAGUGGAAAUUAUGGAGGGUGGAAAGCUACAUGCAUCGGGAAUAAUAGUGCUGCAGCUGUGUCAAUGCUAAAGCAAGACUACAAAGAAGGAGAAAUGACCUUAAAGACAGCACUUGCGUUAGCCAUUAAGGUGCUAAACAAAACCAUGGAUGUUAGCAAACUCUCUGCAGAGAAAGUUGAAAUUGCAACACUGACAAGAGAGAACGGAAAGACAGUGAUAAGGGUUCUGAAGCAAAAGGAGGUGGAACAGUUGAUAAAACAACAUGAGGAGGAGGAAGCAAAAGCUGAACGUGAAAAGAAGGAAAAAGAACAAAAAGAGAAGGAUAAAUAGAAUAUGAUAUCAACUGUUCUGUAGAUAAUAGAGGACCUGCUUCAGUAAAAGAUAAUCGGGAUUUAUGUUUUGUAGAGGCCUACAAAUACGCCAUGGAGGACUCAGAAUUACUUUUGAUGAACCAGGUCCUUAAUCGUCAUUCAGAUUAUUAGUUUAUUGCUCCUUACAUUGACCAAUAAUUGCUUUAAAUCUUGAACACUCUAUUUCUUUCAUCUUCUAUUUUUUAUUAUGGAAUAAAAUUUAAGAAGAAUAGUGAUGGGUGUCUUUAUUUCCUCAGUAAUGCCUGAAUAUGCACCAUCUUGAGGGAUUUAAUCGCUUUAAACCAUUAAAACAAGGUAUAUGCUAGUUGGUAAAGAACAAAUAUGGUGUUAGAAUUGUUAGAAUUUUGUGUGUAUGUGUGGGUUUUCCUUUUCAAGUAGUGAAAAGGGCUUCUAAGUUUGAAAAGUCAUUUCAUAAAUACAGAAUUAAAGUGUGCUGGCAUGACAAGUUUUAAUUUUGGCCUAUUUUGUUCUAUAACAGGUUAUGUCAAACUGAUGGUCUUGCAAGCUGUAGUGUUUUAAACAUGCACCGUAGCACAUGUGUUCAGCUGAUCAUAGCCUUUCAUGAGUGCAUGUGUGUUCUGAGAAAUUAAUCAUAUAACACUAGCUAUAUUCACACAAAGUAGGAAGACAUUCUACAAAGGCCACGUGAAAAUGUUAAGCUAUCUUGUCAGAAUACAAAUAGGUAAAUAUAAGAGUGCAUGAUUUUAGACUGUGUUGACUAUUUUACAUUUUAUCCUAAAAGAAAAUGGAGAUGCUUUACAUUUAGUUUAGUGUUGCUGAUACUUCCCCAGAGAUUUGUCUGGUUCCCUUUUUGGACAGAAAACAGUCUAGAGAACUAAUCAGUUAACCACUUGUGAAGUCAGUAUUUGUGAAUGAUUUAGAAAUUAAAAUAAUACUUGUUCAGAUUUGUCCCUAUACUGAGUGCAAAAUAAUACGAUUUUCAGAUUAACAAAAGCCUGUUAUUCUGAGAAAAAAAAAAUCUGGAGUUAAUAGAGGAGAUGAGAAGUUACUGAAAAUUAUUUUGUACCCUUUCAGUCAUCAAAAGCAAACUGAAAACCUCACUGGAGUGACAUGCUUAAAUGAGAGGCCUUGCCUGCUGAAUUUCAAACUGUGAGACUGGACACCCCUUUUGUGCCAACCCUGGACUGUUGUCUAUUUUGUAGUGUUUGGGGGUUGUGGGUUUUUUGUUGUUGCCUUUUGUUGUUUGUUUGUUUGUUUUGUUUUUUUCCAUUUAACCCCAAAGGAUAUCUGGUGUUUAUAGGAUUUAAUAUGGCCAAUUAAAGAAACAGAGUGAAUCCA